CCUGGGUCCAUCAUCAACAGUGGCGGCGAGCGUUGUCGACACUGCAGUGCGGCAUGGUGGAAACCGGAAGACCAGUAAGUCUCAGUGUCUGUUGUCAUACCGGUACGAUGGGGACGCCACUGCCGAGCGUUCAUAACUUCAUCAAAUUAUCAUAAAACGGGAAACUCGUGCCGAAACAAAAUGACGGUCCAAACAACACAGGUGCUCAGCGAAAGCAUGACCAAAGUCAUGACUCUCAACACGACGGAGGAGCAUGGUGUGAAGAAUCGACUAGAAUCCUUCUACAACGAUUGGAUGGAAAUGAGUUUCUCCAACGGGAAAGGAUUCACAGAAUGGUGGAAUCAGUACUUUGCCAAGGAGUGUCCCGGGAUCAUUCGUGCUUCAGGAAACCCACUUUCUAGCCAAGCUUGGUGCAAGAUGAUUUCCUCUGACAAUGUUACCUACUUGGACCGAAAGAGGAACAGGAUUGUUUCGGUUGACUCGUGUCUGAUCUUUGCUGAUGGAAAGGCCGCCAUCACAGUCUUGACGGCUGACAUGAUUUUCGCUUACAACGAUGUGAAAAAUGAAGAUAGAGCCAAGAUCUCACUCACUUGGACCAAGUGCGAACAUGAUAACCAGUGGAGGAUUGUCCACUUUCAAAGAGCAACCGGGCAGCCAAUUCCUGCUCAAGAAGAGGAACAGUGAACAAUGCAUCUGCGAAGGAUUAGAGAGCUGGGCAGCGCCAAGGUUUGAUGAUUUAGAAUAGUAUUGAGGAGGAACUACAUACUAGAUUCCAAUUAGUCAACAAGAAAUUCCCAUGUUUAUGAGCUCAGACAGGGUGUAAUGAUAGCAUUACUUUGUGUU